AUGUAUUUCUCAUGUCUUCGUCCCACUGAAGGACCCGAGGGCUGCAAUCUCUUCAUCUACCACCUGCCGCAGGAGUUUGGGGAUCACGAGUUGGCUCAAAUGUUUAUGCCUUUUGGCACCGUGAUUAGCGCCAAGGUUUACGUGGACCGGGCCACCAAUCAGAGCAAAUGUUUCGGUGGGCUGGCGAUUUGCCACACCCAGCGCCUGCGCUGCCACCGCCUCUCUCUCCGCCACGGACCCGCCUGCGAGUGGACACACCUCCCGGUCUAUUCCCACGCCCAAUUUCCCACUCGCCCACCUCAGACACACCAUUUGUCGCGCACACUGUGGCCAGAUUUGUGUGUUUUCACACACAAAUGCCUCAAGGCAUGUGACCAGUUCCACUCGUGGGUUGGCCCGUCACAAGGUCUUUUCGACUCGGUAACAGUCGUUUUGCCCACCCCCACUGACACUCAACUGAAAGCAUCUAUAUUUUGGCGGGGGGGUGGGGUGGUGGUGGUUCUGGGGUCAAGCGAGCUACCUGAUUGGUCCACCGCCAUUCGAGGUAGUAACUAA